AUGAGUGAGCAAGGCCUGGUGAAGCUGGGAAUCCACUGUGUCACCUGCCAGAAGGUCGCCAUCAAAAUUGUCAACCGUGAGAAGCUCAGUGAGUCGGUGCUGAUGAAGGUGGAGCGAGAGAUUGCCAUCUUGAAGCUCAUCGAGCAUCCCCAUGUCCUGAAGCUGCAUGACGUCUAUGAAAACAAAAAAUAUUUAUACCUGGUGCUAGAACAUGUGUCUGGGGGGGAGCUGUUUGACUACCUGGUGAAGAAGGGACGGCUGACCCCCAAGGAAGCCCGCAAGUUCUUCCGGCAGAUCAUCUCUGCACUGGACUUCUGCCACAGUCACUCCAUAUGCCAUAGAGACCUGAAGCCAGAGAACCUGCUGCUGGAUGAGAGGAACAACAUUCGGAUUGCAGACUUUGGCAUGGCAUCCCUGCAGGUGGGAGACAGCCUGCUGGAGACCAGCUGUGGAUCCCCACACUAUGCCUGUCCGGAAGUGAUUCGGGGCGAGAAGUAUGAUGGCCGCAAGGCAGAUGUGUGGAGCUGUGGUGUGAUCCUGUUCGCCCUGCUGGUGGGGGCUCUGCCCUUCGAUGAUGACAACCUGCGGCAGCUGCUGGAGAAGGUCAAGCGCGGCGUGUUCCACAUGCCACACUUUAUCCCACCAGACUGCCAGAGUCUCCUGCGUGGCAUGAUUGAGGUGGAUGCGGCUCGGCGCCUCACGCUAGAGCACAUUCAGAAACACAUAUGGUAUAUAGGUGGCAAGAAUGAGCCAGAGCCAGAACAGCCUAUCCCACGCAAGGUUCAGAUCCGCUCACUGCCCAGCCUGGAAGACAUUGACCCCGAUGUGUUGGAUAGCAUGCAUUCGCUGGGAUGCUUCCGAGACCGCAACAAGCUGCUGCAGGACCUGCUGUCUGAGGAGGAGAAUCAGGAAAAGAUGAUCUAUUUCCUCCUCCUGGACCGAAAAGAACGGUAUCCCAGCCAUGAGGAUGAGGACCUGCCUCCCAGGAAUGAGAUAGACCCUCCCCGGAAGCGUGUGGACUCCCCGAUGCUGAACCGGCAUGGCAAGCGACGACCCGAGCGCAAGUCCAUGGAAGUGCUCAGUGUCACAGAUGGUGGCUCCCCGGUGCCUGCACGGAGAGCCAUUGAAAUGGCCCAGCACGGCCAGAGUAAAGCAGUGUUCAGUAAAAGCCUGGAUAUCGCUGAAGCCCAUCCCCAAUUCAGCAAAGAAGACAGGUCUCGCUCCAUCAGCGGUGCCUCCUCAGGCCUUUCUACGAGUCCUCUCAGCAGUCCUCGGGUGACCCCUCACCCCUCACCAAGGGGUAGUCCCCUUCCUACCCCCAAAGGGACGCCUGUCCACACGCCAAAGGAGAGCCCAGCUGGCACACCAAACCCCACACCACCAUCCAGUCCUAGUGUUGGAGGGGUGCCCUGGCGGACACGGCUCAACUCCAUCAAGAAUAGCUUCCUGGGCUCACCUCGCUUCCACCGCCGGAAACUGCAAGUUCCCACGCCAGAGGAGAUGUCCAACCUGACCCCAGAGUCCUCUCCAGAGCUGGCCAAGAAAUCAUGGUUCGGGAACUUCAUUAACCUGGAGAAGGAGGAACAGAUCUUUGUGGUGAUCAAGGACAAGCCCCUGAGCUCCAUCAAGGCUGACAUCGUCCAUGCCUUCCUGUCGAUACCCAGCCUCAGCCACAGCGUCAUCUCCCAGACGAGCUUCCGGGCUGAAUACAAAGCAACAGGGGGCCCAGCAGUAUUCCAGAAGCCGGUCAAGUUCCAGGUGGAUAUCACUUACACUGAAGGUGGAGAGGCCCAGAAGGAGAAUGGCAUCUACUCAGUCACAUUCACUUUGCUCUCAGGCCCCAGUCGCCGCUUCAAGAGGGUGGUGGAGACCAUCCAGGCCCAGCUGCUGAGCACCCAUGACCAGCCAUCAGCCCAGCACCUGUCAGACAACACUAACUGUAUGGAGGUGAUGACGGGGCGGCUUUCCAAAUGUGACGAGAAGAACGGGCAGGCGGCCCAGGCCCCCAGCACACCCGCCAAGCGGAGUGCCCACGGCCCCCUGGGUGACUCCGCGGCCGCUGGCCCUGGAGGGGACACCGAGUACCCGAUGGGCAAGGACAUGGCCAAGAUGGGGCCGCCCGCCGCCCACCGUGAGCAGCCUUAGACACUAGUCCCUCCCCAGCACAGCACAGCACAGCACAGCACAGCACAGCACUGACUGUGGCCUUCUGCCACCCUGUGUGGACCAGGCCCCACCUGCCUGCCCAGAACUUGUCUCAAGCCUGGGAGGAAAGGAGAGUGGCCAGGCAUGGCCCACAGGCUGGGCUGCUGGGCUUACUCUCUUUUCUCUCUUGCGGUCUGUCUCUGCCUGUCUCUGACAGCAUCGCUUGUUUCCGCUCUGAUACCAGGAAUUAUCCCGAAAAGUUAACAUGUCACCUCCACGAGGCCAUCCUCUGUGCUGCGUGUGGACACUGGCUGAGCGAAGGCAGCUGCUGCGGACCACCUCCCCUCUUCCUCCUGCUGCUGCUGCUGGGCAGAGAGGCCAGCCCACUGUCCACCUCUGCCCAUUCCCGGGCAGCUCUGCAUGGCCCAAGGGAGGAGGGCCUGACUCCCAGGGGGACUCUUCUUCUAGCCCAGUCACCCUGGACUCCCAGUGACCAGACCCUUGACAGGGACAACCUGUCCACCAUUCUUCCAGGGUAGGGGACCAUGGUGGGAGAAGCAGUGGGAAUGGAUUGUCCUCCACGCCACAUUUGGAGGCCUCCUGGGCCACUCACCUCACCUUUUCCACACUUUGGCCUCACCAGGGCCACCUCUUCUCAUCUGCAUCCAUUGCUCCACCUUGUCAGGCUGCAGAGCUCCGGUUGUGAAGGUUCUCUCGGGCUGAAGUGGAAAUAAGAGACCUGGGUGCUCCAGAGCUGCCUGGGCUGGCCAAGCUGUGGGGGCUGGGCUGAGACCAGUAUUAUUUAUUUGCUGUUUUAAUUUAUUGUUUCUUUAUGUCUCUGUUCUCUGUUCAGGGAAGGGGGAGCAGCAGCAGUACCCUCCUGCCAUCUGUCUGUCUGUUCUGUCUGUCUGACUUGGGCAGGGUGGGUCCAGAGCCCAGGUUCCCUCUAAGGACAGAGCUGUUGGGGCUGGGAACGGUGGGGAGCCGGCCAGUGAAUGCAGCACUGGCAAGCUACUGUAAACUUUAAAAGAAUUCCUGCAAGAUAUUUUUAUAAACUUUCUUUUCUUGGUUGUUUUUGGAAAAAGGGUGUGGGGUGGGGCCGCUGGGGCAGAGCUAGAGUUUGUGUUUCGGCUCCGUGCUCUUGGCUAUUUCUAUACACAUAUACAUAUAUAUAUAAUAUAUAUAUAUUUAAAGAACAAUGUGGUUAGCUCUGUCCCGGGUUGUUUUAUUACUACUUAGCAGCAGCUCCAGUCCCACACGAGGGCUCAGGAUACAGGAUAUCAGCUUGCACUGGCCAGCUGUGCCUGCUUCCCAGAGGCACUGCCCAGUACUUCUCUGCUGCACCAGGCUGAGAGUGAUCUUGGUUUGGUGUCUGAGCGAGAAGGGGUAGAAGACCCUGAGCUGGCACCCUACUCACAUACAGGAUGGCAGGGGUACCUCGGGCUUUUUUAAAAUUAAAAUUAAAAAGUUAAAAAAAAAUCAAAGUCAGAAAUGGAGUUAGCAGUGUGCUCUGCAGUGGGUUCCUCCUGGAGGUGGCAAAGGCAAGGGGCCCACACCACUGCCUGCUGCCCACUGAAGCCCACCUCACUUUCCUCAUCCCCAGCUUUUGUCUGUGUUCCGUUCUGUCUGGCUGAGCCAGUCCCUCCCAGCUGGCCCAAGGUGCCCGGCGUAGCAGCAGGAGGGGCCGGGGGGCAGGUUUCAUGCAUGCCUUUGCUCUUCCCCUCAUGUACAGAUUUUAAUGCUUCUAUUACAUUCAACCACCAUAGGCUGGGAUUCCCAUACAUAGGGCAAAAUCAAACACCUGUAACAACAGCAAAGCCACGCAGUACAAGUGGGAAGGGGCUUAUCCAUGGAGUCAGGAUACUGAAAGCAAUACCUCUUGUUAGCCUUCCUCUUUUGUACUUUGGACACAUGCGGACUCGCAGACAUCACAGAAAUGGACAAGCCCCAUCUGGUGUAACCCCUGUCAAAUAACUGUGAGCAAUUUCAGUUCUGGAACAAUAAAUUCCUUCCGUAAAGACA